UAUCCUCCGGUGCGUUCCGGAGCAGUGUGACCUGACCCUAAGAGGUCGAUUUAAUAUUACACAAACUAUUGGGGCUGUGAGGAGUACAGGGUUAGACGGAUGGAGGCUGUGAAUGAGGUGUCCGAGGGGGACAAGGGGGGGCCGCCGCCCCCGAGCCCCCUCACCGGGUGCUACCUCCUCAUCGUCAUCGGGGAACCGCACUGCAACGAACACAAGGACAUUAUUCUUCAGAGGGUGGCCAAAGGAUUACUGUCUUGGGACGUAAACGACUGCCUCGUCGAUCUAGAAAAGGAGUUAGCUAUAAUAACCGAACAAGCCCUCGAAGGGGAGGAAGCCAGAUAUGGCGAGCGCCUCAUCCAGUUUGCAUCCGAAAAUUUGGUGACGGAAAUUCUGAUUCACCCUGUGGUGAGCACAUUGGCGCAAUGCGUGAGGAACUUGCUAAGUAGUUUCACACGACAUCGUCACAUUAUUCACGCCGGAUAUACAUUUGCAAAUAACGGUUCUUGGGUAUUGCAGGACGGUACGUUUUCCUUGGCCGAUUUUUCCGAGGCGUUUCAGGAGAUCGAAGUGCUGCGAGUGAUACGAGCCUAUGAGAACGGCAUUUCUCUCGAUAUCCACUGUGCCCCAGAAGGUGAUUGGACUCGAUUGCCUAAAGAUCCGUUUACGAAAGGGUGCAAAGUUCGAGUGAACCCCAAUGACGUCCUUACAACGGGAUCGCCAUCCAUCAGCAGCUUUACUAAUUAUUUAGAGCCGUUCCUUAUUCCUGCUGAGUUGGAAAAUGUUUUGGAAAGUUCGGAUGUCGUUGGUAAUAUUCGGUUUUCGCGACCGACGCUUUAUGUUUUUCCUGGAGGACAGGGCGAUGCUGCUUUGUUCGGAAUCAACGGUUUCAACAUGCUCCUAGAUGGAGGUUUUUCGAGGAAAGCCUGUUUCUGGGAUUUUGUCAGACAUCUUGAUCGACUAGAUGCUGUGUUACUCACGAGACUGAACAAUAGUAACGUAAAUGGUAUUAGUGCUGUUUUAAAAAGGAAAAAACAAAAUGCUGUGUAUCCACAAAUCGGACAUUUCUUUUGCAACAUACAGGAGAGAAAAGCCAUCCUUAGUCCAGAUGGGGAUAAAGAUAAAGAUCCUCUUUUAAUAAAUUUAUUGGAUGAAGGUCAAGAUAUUGUAUCUAACCUGAGGCACUUAAGCCUCAUUCCUCAGGUUUGCUAUCGUGAUUCCGAGCCCAUCAAUUUAUACCAUAAAGUAGGUCACGGUACUUUAGAUAUGUACGUUUUAAGUCCUGCCAAAGACUCCAAAGAAGUCAGAGAGUUCCUACAAAAAUGGAACAAUAAUGACCAAAAACUAUUUGCCAAUCCAAAAAUUAACAAAGAUUUUGUCUUUCCUCUUCAAAAUCUCGUCUCGAUUUGUGCCCUUCUUGUCUGGCAACCAGCAAAUCCAGAAGACACCAUCACCAGAAUCCUAUUCCCCGGAAGUAGCCCACAAAAUAAAAUUUUCGAAGGUUUAGACCGACUCAAGAGCUUAGAAUUUAUUAAACAUCCAGUGUGUUCAGAAAAAUCUCUCGCCCCAACAUCCAUCAUCAAGACCAAACAGUCGAUGAUUGAAAGAAUCAUCCAAUCAGAAAAACCCGAAAAGAAAAUACCAGUCGAUAAUAAAAAACCACCAAAACCACCAACAGACAACAUAGACUCCGAAAUGAAAAACGGGGAAAUAAAUGGAGUAGCACCCGAAAAAGGGCAACCAGUCAAAAAAUCAGACUCGACAGAAAGCGAGAAAAGUGUUACCAAAACAAAGAAAAUCAUCGAAAAUGGAGACAAACCUAAACCCAAACCUAAAACCGAACUAAAACCCAAACCUCGAAGCGAAUCCCAACAAAGAAAAAUUAAAAACGUCGAAAAGAAACCUUCACCGACAACUCCCAAAAAACAAGUCAAUGGAGAAGUUAAACCUAAACCCAAAUCUUCCCCCACUGCCACUCCCGCAAAAAGCGCCAAAGACGAAAAUAACCGGAAAGUGGUAGAAUCCAAAAUUAAAUCAGCACCAAAACGGGAACCGCCAAAAUCAACCGCAGAGAAAAAAGAGCCGAAAACAGAACGCAAACCAAUUUCUAGACGACCCAAAGACAUCUCCAAACUAGCGGCAAGUCCGUCUAAAAAAGUCAACGGUGUCCAAAAACCAGAUAGUAUAUCUAGAAGAGGCAAACUGGAUAAGGAAGGAACCACAGAUUCAAGUACUGUUAGUACUCCAUCCGCCGAUCAGGACAGUAUUCUUAAAAAAGACAUAUCAAAAUUGACCACAGACGAACUCCAGAAUCUCAAAGCACAAGAAUUAGCAGACUUGCAAGAAGAACAAGAAGCGGUGAAAGAAAUUGAGGCAGUGUUUCGUAAAAGCGAGCUCCAGGAAGAAAAAUCAUCAGAUUUUCGUAAAGUCAAAGAUCUAUCUCUUGAUGAUAAGUUAGAAAAUGAAGAGUAUUUGAUUAUUGAAAAGACUGAAAUUGAACGUGAAAUAGCUGAAUCGAAUAAAGAGGAAGAAACUCAAAAAAUUGCCCGGGACAGUGAAGAAUCAGAGAAACAGAGAAGUGGUGAAAAGGACGUUGAGAUUGAAGGGAAGCAAACUCAAAUUCAGGAAGAAGUUCAAAAAAUCAUCACUUCUGCUACUGAUAUUGUAAAACCAAAAGAAGAAACGGUUGAAGCUUCAAAAGAGGGGUCCGUUACUAGUCCUGAAGAAAAAAAUGACGUUUCUACAGAUAAGAAAGAUAUUGAUAACGAAAACAAGGAAGUUGCUCCAGAAUCGCAACCUGACGAGAAAGGUUCAGCUAAUAUCGAAUCUGGGGCUACUACAACCGCACCUACUUUACCCGAAGAUGAAAGAAUGCCACUUGAUGAAAUUAAGGAAGAUAACGGCGAUCAAAUAAUUGAAGAAAAGCAUGUGAAAGAAGAUACUAAGGAGAAGGAUAUUCCUGAGAUAAAAUUGCCGCCGAAAACAUUCGAUUCUGUACCAAAAUUGCCACCUGUUGUUGGAAUUCGUUUGGACAAACAGUCUCAUAUUAGAGAUAUUGUUAAAACACCAGACGAAGUAGCUGAUUUACCUGUUCAUGAAGAAGUUGAGUUUGAUCAUUAUGCUGAAUACGGAGCAGAUAGUAAACAAGAAAGUGAAGAAGCGAAAAAAGAAGAAACUAAGGAAGAAAAGGAAGUAAAGCCUGAUUUCGGAAAAAAAAUUGAAGAUGACAAAAAGACAAAAGAACCUGUAGAUAAAGAAAAGACUGAUAUAGAUAAUAAAAAGGAAGCAGAAACUAAAGAUGAUAAAGCAAAUGUGAUAUCUGAAGACUUAAAUAAAAAAGAAUUGUCGAAAUCUCCAGAUGAAGAAAAAGAUACAGAUGAACAUGAAUUGGAGCAGAAGAAAGAGGAAGAAAAAGAUAAAGUACCACCUGUUCACAUGGAAGUAAAGAAAGAUGAGAAAAGUGAUGAUAAACAACUUAAAGAGGCACAGCUUGACAAACGAAAAGAAAGUUUACCAAAAGAGGAACAAAAAGUCGAAAAUAAAGACGAAACUAAAGGUGAAUUACAGAAACUUCCUGAUGUUCCCAAAGACGAAAUUAUUGUUGAUAAACCUGAGCAAGAAAAGUUAAAAGAAGACGUAUUAGUGAUUCAUAAAAUUGAUGAAAAACUUCAAAAACUUAAGAGUGACGAGGUCGAACCUGUUGAAAGUCAAGUUCAGAAAACAGAGAAAAAAAUCAUCCAACCUGCGAAAGAAGAAGUCCAAAUUGUGAAAGAAGACGUAAAGAUGAUUGAAAAAGUCGACGAAAAACUCCAAAAACUCAAAGACGAAGUUGAAGAACAACACAUCGAAGCUGUUAGUAAAGUUAUUACUCAUAAAGUCGAGGAGCCUCAACAUGCAGAGCCGGUUAUUAUAACAACUGACUCCUUACCGGAAUCGCCAAUGACUGAUGAUCAUAAAAUACUUGAAGAUAAAUUGGCUUUAGGUCAAAAAUCACCCAAAGAAAGAGAAGAAGAUGUUGCAAAAAUAGUUGCUAGCGUUGCUGAAGUUUUAAAAUCAGAUGCACCUUUGGAGGAGUUUGAGGGGAAAAUUCCCUUUACUAUACCUUACAAGAGUUACACUACAGAAUUACGAGAAACUCACAUAACGACUGUGGAAUCUCCCGUAACCGAUGAAGCUAAAAUAAUAAAUUCCGAACCGAUCUGUCCGAAAACUAGCAGUACUUAUUUUAUUGAAGAGGAAAGAAAAAUUGCUCCAAUUCAUGAAGAACCAGAAAUUCAAGAAACCAAAGUUAACAAAAUGAUUAAAGAAUCAAAUGAAUUAAUGCAAGCCACCUCGAAAAUCAUUUCCGAUAUUAAACAAGCUCAACCAGAAAGUGAAGAUAUUAAAGAAGAACAAGACACUGACGCUGGGACUGUUCAUAGAAUGUUGGUAACGGCUUCUAGUGAAGAUGGAGGUGAAGAAAUUGAAAUUUGUCCACCUGGCACUAUUACGUUUUCACGAAGUUCGGAAAGUUCAGGUCGUUCUUCUCCCGACGUUCAGUCGCAAAAACAAUCUCAAAAGUCGUCAACUGCUGAUACUUUUUCGGAUGGAACAGUUAUUAUAAAAUCAGUACAAGAAGCAAGUAAACUAAUCAAAGAUGAGAUUAAAGAUAUUAAAGAUUCCCAGUCUGUGAUCGAUAAGCCUGUUUGUGAUACUGAUAAAAGUAGUGAUAAUAAAGAGGUAGUAGUAGAUAAAACCAAAGAUGAAGCAAUAACUGAAAAAGAAGAAAUAAAAAAAAUAGAAGAAAAGGUUGAACCGACUGUAACAAAAACUGAAACUGAUGUUUUAGAAAGCACAAACCAAGCACAUGAAAUUAUUAAAACUAAAUCACAAGAAAUACCUGAGGAGAAAGGAACAACUGAAACGAAGAUUGAAAUACUCAACAUUCAAAAAAAAGAAAAAGAAAAUGCUACUGAAGGAAUUAAACAAACAAUUAAAGAAUCAGAAAAAGAAGAUAUUAAAGAUGAUAUUACUAAGAUAGAAGACUCAAAAAUAAAGCCGAAUGAUGAAGACAAAUUCCAAGAAAGUGCAAAGAUCUUAAAAGAAGAAAUAAAAGAAGUGGCUGAAGUGGUUAAGGAAGAGACAGAUAAAGCAUACGAUAUUGCUGCAGAAAAAAUUAAAACUGUUAAGGAAGACGUUGAAUCUAAAGUAGAAAAUGUAGUAAAGGAAGUAGAAGAAACAAAAUCAUUUCUUGGAGGAAUUAUUAGUGACAUUGGUAAAAGUCUUGUAAAUGAUACAACUAAACUUAUUGAUAACAUUCAUAAAGAAAUCGACGAUGUUAAAGACAGUACUAAAGCAAAGGUCGAAGAAACGAAAGAAGAGUUAACAUCGAAAAAAGAAACUGUUGAACACGUAGUUAAAGACAUUAAGGAAACUGUGACAAAAGAAACUACUAAUGUCUUAGAAAGUGCAAAAGAUAAAGCCGAAGAAGCUAAAGUUGUCGAAGAAAAAAUUAUUGAAAAGAAGAAAGAGUUAGUCAAAGCUGCAAAAGAUUUUGAAGAUACAGUAGUGAAAAAUGCUGAAGAAGUGGUAGAAAAGACUAAAACAGAACUUAAAGAAACUAAAGAUUUAGUUGAAACGAAAAUUCAAGAUGUAAAGGAGACUUUAAUAGAACAAAAAGCAACCGCUGUUGGUGUAAUUAACGAUGUUGAAGCGAAAAUCUUAAGGGAUGCAGAAACUAAAGUCGCUGAAGCAAUGAAAGAACUUGCAGACGUGAAGGAUAGAAUGAGUACUGAGAUUAAGGAAGUUAGUAAAAAAGCCGAAGAAAAAACUGAAAUUGUGAAACAAGAAAUUGAAGGAGCUAAAACAGAAUCAAAAGAAUUGAUUGAUGAAAGUAAAGAAGUUUUAGAGGAAACUAGUGUUAAAAUUGCUGAAGAAGCCGAGUCACAGAUUAAGAAUCUUGAAACCAAAGUUGAAUCAGUCUUGAAUGAUCUUGAAACAAAACAUGAUGAAAUUAAAGAGAAAGUUGCUGAAACAAAGAAACAAGUUGAGGAAAUAUUUGUAGAAAAAAAAGACACAGUAAUAGGAAAAUUGGAACAACUUAAUAAAGACUUGACUGAAGCAGGAACAGAUUUGAAACAUACUGUUAGUGCGGUGAGUGAAGCUCCUUUCGUUACUAAAUCAGAUAAAAAAGAAGAAAUCAAAUAUGACCUAUACAACGGUCUUGAAAGUGUUGAAAAAAUGGUCGUUGAUGUUUUGACAGCUGAUCGAAAAGAGCCAUCAACAGAAGAUAAAAAAGGUGAAAGUAUAGCACACAAAAUAGAGAGUGAAGUUGAAUCAAUUGUCGAAAAAGGAGUUUCAGAAGUAAAAGAGUUUGUUGAAGAAACAAAAGAAGCUGUAACAUCAAUUUUCAAGCACGAUUCAGAAGAGAAAGAGGAAGUUUUAGAGAAAGCAGCUGAUGACAUCGAAAGGAAAUACGAAGUGGUUGCAGAUAUGGCAAAAUCGGUGAUGUUUGAAAAAUGUGAUAAAACACCCGAAGAGGAACAUCAAAAGCAAGAAGAAUUUUUGGAAAAUACAGCCAAAAAUAUUGAAGAAGAUUUCAAAACUUUAAGUGAUAUGUCUCAAUCGAUCGUGUUUGACAAAUACAAGCCUUUAAAUGAGGAAGAAAAGGAAGAAAAAGUUUUGGAAAAGGUAGCAAAAGGGAUUGAAGAAGAUUACAACGCUGUAACGGACAUGGCACAAUCUAUUGUUUUUGAAAAGUACCAACCACUGACUGAAAAAGAAAGAGAAGAGAAGGUCUUGGAGAAUAUAAUUUCGGAGAUGUCGGAAUCGGUCUUUGAGAAAUGCGAACCUACCUCGAAAAAUAACAAAGAGUUGAAGUUGGAUAAACACGAUGAUAAGAAAGAAAGUGAACAACUCUUGAGUCAAGAUAAAUCACUUUUCGGAAAAACUUCCCCAGCAUUAUCGUCAGAUAUAGCCAAAGAGAGCUCAGGAAAGUCAACACCAGAUAUUAAAGACAAAGAGCUUAUGAAAGUUGAACAAGAGUUGAAGUCGGAUAUACUUUUAAAUCAAGAUAAACAAAUUUCCGGAAACGCUUCACCUACAAUACCGUCAGAUUUAGCCAAAGAGAGUUCAGAAAAAUCAACUCCAGAUAUUCAAAAUACUGGACUCAUAAAACUUGAACAAGAGUUAAAGUCGGAUAAACAAGAUAAUAAGAAAGAAAGUGAACAACUCUUGAAUGAAGAUAAACCACUUUCCGGAAAAGCUUCCCCCACAUUAUCGUCAGAUAUAGCCAAAGAAAGCUCAGGAAAAUCGACUCCAGAUAUUAAAGAUAGCGAACUUAUGAAAGUUGCUCAAGAGUCAAAGUCAGAUAAACAAGAUGAUAAGAAAAAUAGUGAACAACUUUUGAAUCAAGAUAAAUUACUUUCCGGAAAAACUUCCCCUGCAUUAUCGUCAGAUAUAACCAAAGAGAGCUCAGGAAAGUCAACUCCAGAUAUUAAAGACAAAGAGUUUAUGAAACUAGAACAAGAGUUGAAGUCGGAUGUACAAGAUAAUCAGAAAGAAAGUGAACAAUUCUUGAAUCAAGAUAAACCACUUUCCGGAAAAGCUUCCCCUGCAUUAUCGUCAGAUUUAGCCAAAGAGAGCUCAGGAAAGUCAACUCCUGAUAUUAAAGACAGCGAAUUUAUGAAAGUCGAUCAAGACUCAUUAUUAUCAGAAAAAUCAUCUCCAGGUUUGUCCGGAAAGUCAUCACCGAUAUUAUCGGGAAGACUUUCUCCAGGAAAAGCCGAAAGUAAAGACUCUUUAUUAUCUGGAAAAUCAACACCGGAACAGAUGAAACCGGUGGGGAAAGAAUUAUCAGGAAAAUCGUCACUCGACGGAAAAGAAAUUCAAGAGAAAGAUUUACUCCCUGCAAAAACGUCACCAGCAGGAUCCGGAAAAUCGUCUCCUACACCACCUGUAACUGAAACAAAAACUGAAAAAAGCGGAAAAGAAACAGAAAAGUUAUCUGAGUUGACACAACCGGAAUUGAAAGAUACCGAAAAGAAAAUUGAAACAGAUUUGAAUACUGUUGAGGAAGCGAAAGGCUCAAACAUUCCAGAGAAAAAGACUGAAACUGAAAAAGAUCAAAAACCCGAAUCCGAACUUAAGACAACUUUGGGCGUACAAGAACCUGAAAAGAAAGCAUCUGUGUCAGAUAUUCAGAUAACUUUGAAAGCUUCUGAAGAAAGUUCAUCCGAGAAAAUUUUAGACGUGUCAAAAACAGACAGUCCAGAGGAUUCAAAACAAAUAGAUGACAAAACAGAGAACAAAGAUGUAGACAGUAUUGACUCAGGAAUUGGAACUGAAGUUGAUGCUAAACUGAAGAAAACAGAAGAAGUCUCUAAACCCGUUGAAACAAAAGUGACAGAAAGUCACUCAACAACAACAAAAGAAGAAAGUAUAGCAGGACCUUCAUCAACAACAGACACUCCUUUUAGUCUAGCUAAAACUUCAACUGAAGAAUUGCAUCUUAGUGGCAAAUCAACUCCCGAUAUCGCCGAAGUAGAACGUAUGAAAGAAAUGCAAGAAACACUGAAACACGAAAAACAUAUCCCUGGUAGCUCUACUCCACCCACAGUGCCUGUUAGUCCCAAUGUUAAAGAAAUAUCACCCCAACCGGAAGAAAACAAAACUCCAAUUAAAUCUUCAAUAACUCAAAUUAAAAGCAGCGAACUUAGAAGUUGUACACCUGGAAGUGACGAUUUUGACAUUUCUUCAGAUCAAGUCUCGCGAGCUCCGCAUUUGCUAGAAAGUGAGAGAGUUGAAAGUGACGAAGACGAGGAGGUCCCAGGCUCACCCAUGAGUGUCACUUCUCAAGUGGCCCAUUCAAGGUCUUCAUCUCGUUAUGAUUUUGAAGACGAGAGAAUAGGGACUAAACUAGACCCCAUGAACACUUCCUUCUACGGCGCUCUCCCCGAUGAGAACGAACCAGAAUUAGAAUUUGAAAAAGCAAUGGUGGAGCAUCGCCAAACUCGUGGCGAGGAUUUAGUCGGCGAGGAUUCUUCGAGUUAUUUAUAUGAAAUAACCAAAGCGAAAUUUUCGAGCACUCCUGAACCACAAACCCAAUCCCAAUUAGACCAGAUCAACAAAAACGGAGCUCCUGAUGUCAUGACUGCGAGUUUCAUGGGAGAUUUACCGUCAAAUGAAGCCAAAAAAGACGCGUUUGAUUCAUGGGGAAAACCCCUUGGUUUGCCAAGUCCCGCGCCUCCGAACGAUAACAGGGGAACUCCUAAGAAAGAACGCAAGUUGCCAUCGAACGUGACAGCUAAAAAUAAACUCAAUGAUGAUAAAAAGAGGUCGGAGUCACCCUCUAAAUACAGAAAUAAGAAGUUUAACCCUGUUUAUGUUGAUUUGACUUAUGUGCCGCAUCAUGGAAAUGCUUAUUAUUCUUACGUUGACUUUUUCAAGCGUGUUAGAGCGAGGUAUUAUGUGUUUUCUGGGAUUGAGCCGAGUAGAGAGGUUUAUAAUGCACUUUUAGAAGCUAAGCAAACUUGGGAGGAUAAGGAAUUAGAAGUAACAAUCAUUCCGACCUAUGAUACGGAUAUUUUGGGGUACUGGGUGGCCGAAAACGAGGAACUCUUGACUAAAUACAAGAUAGAUCUUUCACCUUCGGCUAGUCGCUGCACGAUAAACUUACAAGACCACGAAACAUCCUGCUCUGCUUAUCGUUUGGAGUUUUAAACCACCAAAAUUCGAUCAUUCAAAUCCAAAUUCAAUUCCAGCAAUAAGUAGAAUGAUUUCACAACGAAUGAGAUUUUGAAGAGAAGGAAAAAGCCAAAAUUUUAUCCUCAAAAGUAAACGUCCAUAUAUUGUAAUUCGCCAAGAUAUUAUACCUUACAUCUUCCUUGUUAUUACCUCUGAUUAAAAAAGGAAAAUUAUCUAAUUGUUAAUAUAAACACAGUCUUCAACACUUCAUCUAGAAGUAGACUAGCUUUUUGAACAAUUUCCAAAUUUUAGACUGGAACAAAACAAAUUUAGGAUUUUAAAUAAUUGACCGAAAAUUUCAAUGUUGUUCAAGAUGCACCAAUGCAUCAAUUUUUUGACGUUGUUUUUCAAAAAGGAAACGUCAAUUUGUGUGUAUAACAAAUUUAAAUUAUAGAGUAGAUAAUUUUAAAAUAUUUUGUCAGCUAUCAACAUCAAUAGCUCUAGAAUGCGAGAAAUAAUUAAAUAGUUUGCAUUAACUUGGCAAUAGACAAUCCCACAUCGGCGGCGUUCAUAUUUUAAUAAAAAAACUCAAACAAACUUCAGUUACGGUUAAUGCCUCGACUAUGUAAUUAUUUCUUUGGCUUUAUAUGUAUUAAACUAUAUAUCUGAUGUGAUACCCAUAGACUUUUUGUUAGGUUUUUGAUUAUGGAGAUUUAACGACGGUGGAGAGAAUUGAGGCCGUUUGUGCAUUUUUAUACACAUGCUUUUUUUGAUUGUUUGCCAAAGAUAGGAUAGUUUCACGCAGUGGAUUUUGAUUUGUAUCAUUGCGCAACCAGUUUUUCCUUUGUGGCCUACUGGAGCUUAACGAGUAAGGUGUGAGUGGAAUGACUAGUGCUUACACCAUUUUUUGGGUUCAGUUUAGCGUCUCACCAUUUUUUAUUCUCAUACAUAGUUGCAAUUCUUCGUUUUUUGAUUGGAUUAGAUAGCGAUAUUAUGGUAGAUGGGGCCAUUUUAUCUCGAUACCUGAGCUGAACUCAAAAAACUGUUCAACGUGUUCUUACAAUUUCGGUAUUUUGAGCUUGUACUUAGUACACAAUAAAGAUUUAUUGUUAACUAUAUAUGUAAGAUGGUGCUAAAUGAAGUAUGCCUUUGGAGGAUUUUGAUAAUUUUGAGCGACAUCUGGUGUGUGAUAAAAAGCAUGAGAGAUGAUUGAGUUUAUAUUUCUGUAUUGAACCAAACUUAAAUUUAUUUAAAUACAACUUAUUUUAUUUAUUUUUGUUUGUGAACGCACAUUACUGUCGUUUGGUUGGUACCGAAAUAUACGCUUUAAAAAGGACGUCACUUUAUACUUACGUUAAUUGAAAAAUAUUGUAAUUUUAUGUGCAAGUUUCACUUUAAAUUGUCUAUAUAUUUAAAACAUAAUAUAGCUUCUAGUCAAGAAAAUCUGAUCCUUUAGCUUAAAAUGUUAUAAAGUUAAUAAUAUAUUCAAAACGCAUUAAUGUAUGGGAUAUGUAUGAGAUUAAAAAAAUAAAAGUC